AGCCUUACGGACUUUUCUGAGGAAAGACCGGAAAGCUACAGCGUUUCCACGUAUCCUGGAAGCCUCUCUUUGCCAAGCACUUAGGAGGUUUCCUAUGGGGCCGCCCCUGGCUCCGCUCCCGGAGGAUGUGCUCGGGGAGGCCCGGCCCCAGGAGACGAGGGAAAGAAGGCAGGGGGCCGUGAGCUUCGCGGACGUGGCCGUGUACUUCUCCCCGGAGGAGUGGGGGUGUCUGCGGCCCGCUCAGAGAGCCCUGUACCGGGACGUGAUGCGGGAGACCUACGGCCACCUGGACGCGCUGGGCUUUUCAGGCUCCAGACCCGCUUUUGUCUCUUGGGUGGAAGGACAGGUAGAGGCGUGGAUCCCGGAAGCCCAGGAUCCAUCGGGUGAGACUGCUGUCAGCAGAGGCACGGGAAAGGUAGCAGGAUCCAGGGAUGGGAAUGAGGAGAAAGCAAGGCUGAAGAAGAGUGCAAAACAAAAAGUGGAACUUGAAGAAAUGUCUCUCAAGGAUUGGUUGCCAGCCAACAUGCCACCUGGCUCUAGUCCCAAAGCUGCCUGCCCAGAGCUCUGCAGGAACCCGAGGCAAAGCCCCAUCAAACCUUGGCUCAAGGACACUCUAACCCCCAGACCACCCUACUCUUGCCCAGACUGUGGCCGCAACUUCAGCUACCCUUCCCUCCUGGCCAGCCAUCAGCGGGUCCACUCUGGGGAGCGGCCCUUCCCCUGUGACCAGUGCUGGGCCUGUUUCUCCCAGCGCAAGUACCUGCUCCAGCAUCAGUUCAUCCACACAGGUGAAAAGCCCUACCCCUGUCCCCAUUGUGGGCGCCGCUUCUGCCAUAGGGGUUCCCUGGCCAUCCACAGGCGGGCUCACUCUGGGGAGAAGCGCUACCCAUGCCCAGAGUGCAAGAGUCGCUUCACUUACCCCUACCUGCUGGCCAUUCACCAGCGCAAGCACACAGGCGAGAAGCCCUACAGCUGUCCCGACUGCGGCCUCCGUUUCGCCUACACCUCCCUGCUGGCCAUCCAUAGGCACGUACACACAGGUGAGAAGCCCUACCCUUGCCCUGACUGUGGCCUCUGCUUUACCUACUCUUCUCUCCUCCUCAGUCACUGGCGCAUUCACUCGGACAGCCAGCCCUUCCCCUGCCCUGAAUGUAGGAAAGGCUUCAAGCGCAAGUAUACCCUGGAAGCCCAUCAGUGGAUCCACCGCUCUGGCAGCAAGAGGCUGAGGUGGCAGCAGGCUGCAGGAGGGCUCUCAGAGCCAAUCCCAAUUUUGGGAGGCCAGGAUCCCCCAGUUCAUUUCCGGUACUUUCCAGAUACAUUUCAAGAGUGUGGGUGAUGGAGCUCACACAAAUCGAUCAAAGUUUAGUAAGGAAAAGGCAAAGUUUAUGCAUUUGGGGGAUAAGGAGAGGAAGUUCUGUGUUAGGAAAAAAGCAGAGGUCAGGGGCACAGAGAAGGUCUGUGGGCAGAAGGAGGCAGGCAUUUAAAUAGC